GGAACGUUAAACGUGAUGAAAGAAGCUAAAAGUUGCAGGGUUGAUUGAGAUUUGCAAAGCCACCCGUUGCCUCCUGCAGGUGUUGCAGGUAGAUUGUGGAGCGCUGUGCUGAGUGUAUUGUGGUGUUGUACUAUUGUGGUGUUGUAGUGUUGUGGUGUUUGAAGACAUGUUUCAAGUCGUUGCAUCUUUCAACCGUCAUGGAUAGAUUAAGGAUAGCCUUGUGAUAAAAAUAUAUUUAGUAUUUUCCACGCGCAGACGUCGUGGAUAGAUUGAGGAACGCUUUGUAGCCGCAACUCAGAUUGUAAUUCAGAAUCGGAUAUGUCCACGUGUGGAAACUGUUGUGGAUUAUGUGGAGUAAAUAAAAUACAAUUUGUGCUGGAGAUAUACUUGCACCAAUCUAGUUCAACUUUUCUCACUAGCUGUGGUGUUUGUUUAUUCAUUUAUCCCCUGAAAACCAGAUAAUAAUAGAUAUAAUGACAAUAAUUAAAACAGUGGAUCCCCAUUACAGCCACUGUGGAAGCCUAUUCACAGAUACUCUGUCUACAGCUGACAAUAAUCGGCGGAACUGUUGCAUGUCUGUGUAGUGAGGCUGUGACAGUUCGCCACAUUUUUACAUUUAGCUAUUGCGAACACUGAUGAAAGUUCCAAAAUGAACAAAUUAAUUACAAAAACUUUCAUUCUCUUGGAAAAGAUUAGAAAAUGUAAAGCUUCAACACGCCGACUUUAAGAUGCAAUAGCGGCGACUGUUUUUGUGGGAAAGAAUCGCCAUGUUUACACACCGAGAUGCCUGAGUGAGUUCACUUCACAGAGCUGCUCAACGUCGACAGAGGGAUGGCGAUCUAACCACAGGAGACGUGUACAGGGACACACCACGUCCUUAUGAUGACAGACAUGGUGUUAUCAUCAUAACAGUCCUUUAAAGCCACCCUGUCAUCGUUCUCACGGGUCAAUGUUACAAAAAGAUGGAGUGACAGAACAAGUGGAUACAAAGUUGUGCCACCAUUCCUUCCUGUCCAGCUGUACAUCUCGUCUCCAGUGGCGUUCGUCGUCAAGCGGUCGUUAGGCUCCAGAGUCGAUCUUUCAUCUGCACGGGACUUAUAUUUUGGUGAGAAGAGAAAGUCCAGUGCUGCCAAGUCGCUCGCCCAGUGGACACUAAGUCCAGCGACUUGCUGCCACCUCCAAGCCCUGGGCAGCGAGAGUUAAUUACCCUUGGUUCACCGGUCAUCCCCCACCCACAACCCUGCCUCCAGCACUCUUUACCCCCCUUAUAGCUGCGUAGCAACAGUCACGUGGCCUAACUGGACCGCCCCUCCCUGCCCCACCCCCGCCAAAGAUGGGCACCAGCGCCAGCACGUGCGCCACACCGCCGCCCAGCUCGCCGAAACUCCAUCACGACAGCACAAGCACAAGCACCAGCAGCAGCAGCAGCAGCAGACUGCCGCCCAGUCGCCGCGAGCGCAAGUGCGGGGUAGCGGCAGGUCGUCUGCCUCACUUUGUCUCUCGGCGACAACGACGACGGCAGCUGCUGGCAGUGCGGUGGACGGCGGCGUCAACAAAGGAGGUUACCUGCAGGUCACUCUUAGCGGCAGUGCUGCCUUGGUCAGGGAGCAAUUCUCGGAGGACGACAUUUUCUACACCGCAGUUAUGGCGAAAAGGUUUUCCGACUCACCUGAGGACAAGCGAUGUCUGGUGAGGAUGAACAAGGUGGCGCCUGUCAUCAUCAAAGACUGUCGCGAGGAGUUUCAGCACAUCUCCGACCUCAAGGACACCGUCAUCAGAGGAAGUGCAGGUGACAACAUGCCGGAGCAUCCUUUGAUCAAGGGGAGCUGCUUCCUAGUGAGCGAGGUGUCGCAGUCGGUGGACACUCUACACACCCUCAAGACUCUGAAGACCCCCAAUUUCCACAGGGUGUCCGAUCUACCCGUAUACGCCUCUGGUCAGCCAUCUGCUGGUGGACUCAACGCGGUUCUUAACAAGCUGACCACCGAUGGCCACAAGGUCAUCUUCGUCUUCAGUCUCAGACAGGAGCCGGUCCUCUUCCUUCGUUCGCAAGAAGACUUCAUUCCUCACUCCUUGCGUCAUCGGGAAAAACUUCGCCGCCUUUAUUUCUCCGACCUCAGCCCCGUGCAGGCCGAUGAGAACGAGGCCGCCAUUCGUAAGGAAACCCUGGACCUCGCCUUACUUGACGAGAACCACGGCUUCUACGUGUACCACGAGUCUGGCAGUGAUGGCGACACGGUGACACUUGAGCCUCGCCUCGUCACCCUGACUGUCGAGGACCAGCUGCUGACGUCCACCGAGCUCUGCUGCAGCCACACCUUCGCCAAGACCAACCUCAAGUAUUAUCGACUCGGAUUUCCUCGAAACCGUGCUCCCUCCGAUGAAACAGUCGAUGAGUUUUCUUUCUCCAUUGAGGACCCCAGGGUGUUUGUGGAAGCCAAGUUUGCCUUCCCAGCCCUCUACUUUGUGUGCGGGACUGGCAAGACUCGCAGUACACUGGCCAAGACCAUGGCUUGCCUUCUCGACCACGACACCAACAACCACAACGCUGACAUCAGAAGACUGAAGGCUGUGCAGCUGAUGGUGAGCCACAUCGACAACGGAUACAUCAGUGGACUGGGCGGUGAGUCAGUGCUCGCAGUUAGUGAGUCUGACAGGAUGUAUCCUAGACGCCAAAGCCAAGCUGGAUGCCAUUCCCAUCACAGCCAACAACAACAACACGAACGUCCAGAGGGAUCACCUGUACCAACUGUGCCAGAGAUACACCGAAAGAUACUGCUUUUUAUUAUGUUUCAAUGCUUACCUUCAAGAACAGGCCAGCCAGAGGUUGUGCAUCCCUUACACCCGGUGAAACAUCACCCCGGCCUGGUGUCGGUGUUAUGUAACCUGGACCUGUCCAAACACACAGAGCCCGCCUCCCUCGUCACCUCUGGCCAACGGUGUCUGGUGGCGGACAACUACAUCGGCUUGGACGUCCUCAGCUCCCGGAUGGAUGUGAAGGUGGCUAACUUCCGGCGUCUGAUGGGACUUCCGGUCUACGGCAUGGCGCAGCCAGCCAGAGACGGUCUGUCACGAGUGGUCAACUUCCUGCUUCACAAGAAGCAGGGCUGCAGCCAGGUGGUCAUUGUCAACCUCCGCAACGAUGUGGCCAUCGAGUUCGACGAGACCACGUACCACGUGGAGGACGUUGGCAACCUCGGGGAGCCGGUCCUCAUCUACGGGGCGUCCGACAAGGAAAUGGAGGUGUGUGAAGAAGCCCUUCUGAAGGAGUUCAAGGGGAAAAAGUCAAUAACGGUGUACGAGGAGCUUUCGAGUCCCGCCGUGUCCAAGACAUUUUGCUCUGCCUUGACCCCGAAUGACCUUUGGCAGCAGCAGCGGUUGCAGACGCUGGACAUGAGCUACGUGCGGCUGCCCAUCCAGUACGACCACGGCUUUCAGGAGAAGAUUGUCCAUCAUCGUCGUUCAGGAGUACGACGCCAUCCAGCAGCUGUUUUCUGCUACUUGACCUCUGACACCGCGUGGAAGGAAGACAACUACGCCUUCGUCUUCCACUGCAGGACCGGCAAGAGUCGCAGUUCUUUGGCGAUGGCUGUGGCCGGCCUGCUCUUCUACCACAUCCGGGAAUUUCCUUACGGAUCCAAGCCUGGGGAGCAGGAGCUGGUGUCGUGUCCUAACCGGUCCUACACACUCGGAGAAUUUGAGGUGGUCAUGAGGCUCAUACGACGUCUGCCACAAGGCUACCAACGGAAGCGAGAAGUGGACUUCGUGUUGGACCGCCUCUUUGAAACCAUGUCUCCCAUGCACUUCCAUCUCCGAGAAGUCAUCUUUGUCACCUACAACAAGAUUAAGUCAGCGACCUCUGAGCUGGACAGACAAGAACUGAGACGACAGAGCGUGGACCUGCUGGAACGAUACAUCUAUCUCAUCCUCUUCAACACCUACCUCGCUCACGAGAAGGGAAACCACUUCCAGAUGCCCUUCUCUCAGUGGAUGCAAGAGGUGGCAUCAGAGGCCGGUGCGUACGACAUCCUGGACAACCUGUGUUUCACGGGGCUGGAGAGUCCACCCAACCUUCAGUUCAGCUCUCGACACGAGCGAUGGUCCGCUCGCCACCCCGCUGUGCCUUUCUAUGGAGAGUACGUCUGAGACCUUUGACCCUUUCUGUGAACAGCAUACCCUGACAUGGCCAACCCACUUCCUCCCUCCGCGAAAUUCCUUCCAGGUGCCUCAGCGACACCGGUGACACGGUGACCCUCAUGACCCUCAUGACACGUGGUUUUGUACGGCUCAACAUGACAAGGUGACUUUUCUCUCUCAGACGAACCUGUGAGGUCUGGGACACCGGAAGGAGCAAGGGGAUGUAUUGUUGCAGGACAGCAAUGAUAAAGAGGAACAAAAAGUUCACUUGUGUCUUACAAAGGGAGACAAGCCCCUGACGCCCGCUGCUCCUCCACAAGGGCUGUUGGUCCUUUCCCUUCUUCCUGUCGUCUGUCUGUCUCUGGGUCAAAGGUUCCUUCAGUGAGGCACCGCCGCUCAUAACAGGGUGCGGAUGGGUUUAAUUAUGUGAGACUGAUUUGCAAAAAUUAUCUCAGCUUUCACCACAAUUUGUCUCGACACUCCACUCCACAGUCGGUUGUCCGACUGACGAAAGCAUAAUAAUGUCUGCUGCAAACCUUUUUGUAAGGAUACACGAUAAUUACAUGCUUGUACAUAGUCCGUCAGCCUUUGCCAAGCCACUGAAGUAACAUUUGUAAAGUAUUGUCUUCUUUGACACGGGGUUAAAGGUCGUCAACAGCUGCUUGUCGUGACGUAAAGAACACCCACGCUAGUCUCCCUUUAAAUAUUUGUUUUUAUUGCCUGCAGGAAAUGUCAAAGUCGUUGUUAUGAAUAGCUGUGGUGGAUGUCCAUGUUUGUAGGGCCAGCCUGUGUCCUCAGCCGCAAGUCUUUGUUCUUUCACAUCUGACUCACAAGAUGAAAAUGUUUCCGUUAAUGACGGUGCGAGUUGAAGACACUUUUGCUUGUAAAGAAUAAAACCCACAAGGGCUUGCUGUACCUUCCUGCACCCUGUCUCAGGCUAACCUCCUUCUCCUUCACUUUCUUUAACAGACUGACAAGGGUCGUGGACAUAAAGGUGAAUAAAUAUAUGCUGCCCUAAAUAAAAGUUGUGAAAUGUA